AUGAUCAGCGGUGGUGUCAAUGGUUAUGGUAGCUUUGUGCACUGCAUUCGAGAAAGCCUCUCAUCAGGUGGCGGCGGAGGCGGAUUCAUCAGCCGCUUCUCCGAACACCUGCCGCUGACGCCCGGCCGAGACUUUGUGGGCGCCAUUGUGGCCCGUGGCCGCUCGGUGGCGCAGUUCAAGCCCGGAGAUCUGGUGUGGGGCGCCAUUCCGCCCAGCGAAAGUGGUGGCUCCCACACCGACUACGUGGUCACCACUGAGAAAGCGAUCGCCCACAAACCGAGGAACCUGUCUAAUGUGGAGGCUGCCAGCCUGCCCUACGUCGGCCUCACCGCCUGGGCGGCAAUCAGCACUUUUGGCGAGCUGACGGCGCAGAGUGCUUACAAGAAAAGAGUGCUCAUCUUGGGCGCCGACGAGGACGUUGGCUGUUUUGCCGUUCAGCUGCUGCGCUACUGGGGCGCAGAGGUGACUGCCACCACCUGCAGCUCCGCUGGCUCCAGUCCUGACUGGCUGCAAACUCUGACUGAGGAGGGCGUCAAGUGCCCGCAGCAGGAUUCAGAGCACUUUCUGGCAAACUACUCUGGGGAAGAGGCUUUUGACUUCAUUCUCGACGCCUCGAUCAGCAGUACCGUGGCCCGGCGCCAUUACCAGCUUUUAUCAAAGGCCAAGUUGCAGCAAAAUGGAGAAGGUGAUCAGUCUCAGGUGCUGCACUCGAAAACGGUGUACGUCACAUUGAGCUCACCAUUGCUCGGUGGCCUCGAUUGCCUGGAGGCAACUGGAGACAGUGCUCACCUGUCUGAUGGCGGUGAACUCGGAACCGGUACAGUGGCCGACGCCAUCAGCGACUCACUGUCCGGCGUUCAGAAGUCCGGCGUAGGAGCAGGCGCUCCAGGGGGUCUUCGCUUUCGCUGGGCCACCUACCUGCCCAAUCCCAAGGCGCUGCAGCACAUUGGCGACCUGGUGGAGCGAGGCGCCAUUCGACCCUUCACCGCUGGCGCCCCCGGCGCCGCCACCGUCUACGAUUUUGAUCGAGCACCCGAGGCGUACCAAUUGGUGGCAGAGCGUCCCACUACUCUCAGCGGUGAACGAGUGGUGUUGUCUAAUUUGUGA